CAAAAGUCUGAGGACAUGCUCCGCAAGCAUGUGAAAUUCCGGAAGCAGCAGGACCUGGACCAUAUUCUCACGUGGCAGCCCUCAGAGGUGGUCCAGCUGUAUGACUCAGGUGGACUGUGUGGCUAUGACCAUGAAGGCUGCCCUGUGUGGUUUGAUAUCAUUGGGAGCAUGGACCCCAAGGGUCUCCUCCUGUCAGCCUCCAAGCAGGAGCUGAUCCGGAAACGCAUCAAGGUCUGUGAGCUGCUCCUGCACCAGUGCGACCUGCAGAGCCAGAGGCUGGGCAGGAAGAUCGAGACAUUUGUGAUGGUGUUUGACAUGGAGGGACUGAGCCUAAGACAUCUGUGGAAGCCAGCUGUGGAGGUCUACCAGCAGUUUUUUGCCAUCUUAGAAGCAAAUUAUCCUGAGACAGUGAAGAAAUUAAUUGUGAUUCGAGCCCCCAGGCUUUUCCCCGUGGCUUUCAACUUGGUCAAGUCGUUCAUGGGCGAGGUGACCCAGAAGAAGAUUGUGAUUCUGGGAGACAACUGGAAAUGGGAGUUGCACAACUUUAUCAGCCCCGACCAGCUUCCUGUGGAGUUUGGGGGGACCAUGACUGAUCCUGAUGGCAACCCCAAAUGUCUGAGCAAGAUCAAUUAUGGGGGUGAUGUUCCCCAGAAGUACUACGUGUGCAAGCAAGUGAAGAUGCAGUAUGAGCACGUGGCGUGUGUGGGCCGAGCGUCCUCACAGCACGUGGAGCACGAGAUCCUGUUCCCAGGCUGUGUGCUCAGGUGGCAGUUUUCAUCAGAUGGCGGCGACAUUGGCUUCGGGGUUUUCCUGAAGACCAAGAUGGGGGGCCGGCAGAAGGCUGCAGAGAUGACCGAGGUGCUGGCCAGCCAGCGCUACAAUGCCCACAUGGUGCCCGAGGACGGGAGCCUUACCUGCCUCAAAGCCGGCGUCUACGUCCUGCGCUUCGACAACACCUACAGCCUGAUGCACUCCAAGAAGGUCAGCUACACCGUGGAGGUGCUGCUCCCCGACAAGGCCUGUGAGGAGAAGCUGCGGGGUCUCCAGGCCACGGGACCAUCCCCAGUCCAGUGA